AUGGACAAGAUUAUUGACGCGCGCUUCGAGCGCGUUGAAAAGGCUCUUGCCGUUCUGAUUGAGUCGGUGUCCAAGUAUCAUCCCCACGCCAAGCAGGCAUUGGAUCUCCAUGAAGCAGACCAUGACCUCACAAAAGGACUCGAUGAUGUUCAAAUCCAUCAAAACAACAACCUCCGUCUGCAGCGACUCCGAGCCACAACAUCCUCUCUCGACACCCAGAUCCGAGAGACCCUUUCCAGCUUAGCAACAACACGCAAGGACAUCACCACGACCCAAAUCACAGUCCACCCCGAUGGGCCCAACUACCCCGUGAAGUACGACGAGCUUCUCAACUAUGCCCGCCGCAUCAGCAAAACCACCCUCCCCCCCGCCGCCCUCACAAACGGGGGCCUCGCCACCGGCGGGGGCUCUCCUGGCCCAGACCCGAACGCAAGCAUGACCACCAACCCAAACACCCCCGGUGCCAACGGCUCCCAGAGCCAACCCGUAAGCGCCGCCCCGACACCAAGCCAGAGCCAAACCCCAGGCCCCUCGGGCGCGGCAAACGGCAGCCCCGUCGGCGGCUCGCAGGACCUCCAAGGAACGCAGCAAACCACCGCAACCUCGCUGCCCGACGGCCUCCGCAACCACCUCAAUCCCCACUUCAACGAGAUUUUCGUGCCCUGGCCGAGCGAGGGCAUGAUCCGCGGCGGCGCCAUGGCCAUGUACCAGAACCUCGCGGACUCGGGCACCGAUCCCCGCGGCUACGAUCCGCAGCAGAUUGCCGAGGCGAAGCGGAAAGAGGAGGAGGAGCGCAAGGUCCGCGAGGAGCAGGAGAAGGCCGAGACGGAGAGGAAGAACCGGGAGUACGCGGAGAAGAUGGAGAAGAUCCGCCGCGAGCAGCAGGAGGCGUACCGGCGCGACAGUGUGGCUGUUGGCGCUGGUGCUGGCGCCUCCUCGGCUGGCAAGAGCAAGCAGUUCCAGUUUACGAGUCUCAUGGACGAUGACGAUGACGACGAGUAG